UCCAAGUUCUAAGUUUUUAAUCGCAUAAAGCUAUUUGUGUUUUGCUUGGAAUACAAGGCUGUUGCGUCCAGGAUCACCGGGGACAAAGGUUUCUCCGUCGUUGAGAAACCUUUCACCGAGAAAAACACGUCAUCAUGGCUGACUCGCCCGUGGAUUCACCUCCUGCCCCGGAAGCUCCUAAUGCAGGUACAGGCUCGCCGCCAAAUAAGACAUCACCACCAGUAGCACCUGUUUCAUCCCCACCGGCCCCUGAUUCUGCUCCUCCACCAACUAACAAUAGCUCUGCUUCUUCACCGCCUCCUGCACCGCCGAGCCAAGAAACCUUACCUCCUCCAUCACCGCCACCUUCACCGCCUGUUGCAGGUAAUCCACCACCGAAAACUCCAGAGAAUCCUUCUCCACCUUCUCCUGAAGUCAAAGCUCCGGUAACACCUUCUCCUGAAGUCAAAACUCCGGUAACUCCACCUGCACCGCCUCAGACACCGGCCAACCAGUCACCCCCUUCACAAAGACCAACCCCUCCUUCUCCUGGAGCCAAUGAAGACCGUAACAGAACCACUGGCGGCGGCAACAACAACAACAACAAUGGUAACAACAGAGACGGUUCUACACCGUCUCCACCAUCAGGGAACAACAGAAACUCCAGCGGCGGUGGCUCACCUUCACCGCCUCGGUCAAUAAGCCCUCCUCGGAGCAGUGGAGGUUCAGACUCAUCAUCAUCGUCUCCAGGAGAAAAUCAUUAUCAAGCCAAUGUUGGAUUGAUUAUUGGAGUCCUUGUAGGAGCAGGGCUAUUGCUUCUACUUCUAGUGCUCAUUUGCAUCUGUUGCAAGAAAAAGAAGAAGAAACGUGAUCCUCAAGUCAACCACUUGCACUACUACAAUAACAGUCCAUUUGGAGCACCUAACGGCAACGGUGGUUAUUACAACAACGGAACACCUCAAGAUCAUGUAGUAAAUAUGGGAGGUGGAAACUGGGUCCCACAGCAACCUGUGUCUGGUCCUCAUAGUGACACUUCCAACUUAGCUGGUCCAACGCCGUCCCCUCAGGCUGCGACUCUUGGUCACAACCAAAGCACUUUCACCUACGAUGAACUCUCCAUUGCAACAGAAGGUUUCGCUCAGUCCAACUUGCUAGGACAAGGAGGAUUUGGAUACGUUCACAAAGGGGUUUUGCCUGGUGGCAAAGAAGUUGCGGUGAAGAGUCUUAAAGUUGGAAGUGGACAAGGAGAACGCGAGUUUCAAGCAGAGGUUGAGAUCAUUAGCCGUGUCCAUCAUCGUCAUCUCGUCUCUCUUGUUGGAUAUUGCAUCUCUGGUGGUCAACGCCUACUAGUUUACGAGUUUUUACCUAAUAACACUCUUGAGUUCCAUCUUUACGGAAAGGGUCGUCCUGUUUUGGAAUGGUCUAUACGACUGAGGAUUGCAUUGGGAUCAGCUAGAGGCCUUGCAUAUUUGCACGAAGACUGUCAUCCUAAAAUUAUCCAUAGAGAUAUUAAAGCUGCAAACAUUCUUCUUGAUUUCAGUUUUGAAACCAAGGUUGCAGAUUUUGGAUUAGCUAAGCUGUCUCAGGACAACUAUACUCAUGUAUCCACUAGAGUCAUGGGAACAUUCGGAUACUUAGCUCCAGAGUAUGCAUCAAGCGGCAAGUUAUCGGACAAAUCUGAUGUUUUCUCAUUUGGAGUAAUGCUUCUUGAGCUCAUAACAGGACGACCUCCAGUGGAUCUAACUGGAGAAAUGGAAGAUAGUUUGGUAGAUUGGGCAAGGCCUUUGUGUAUGAAAGCAGCUCAAGAUGGAGAUUACAGCCAGUUAGCAGAUCCACGUCUAGAGACGAGCUACAAUCAACAAGAGAUGGCUCAAAUGGCUUCUUGUGCAGCUGCAGCCAUCAGCCACUCAGCAAGAAGACGGCCUAAGAUGAGCCAGAUUGUACGAGCAUUAGAAGGAGACAUGUCAAUGGAGGAUCUAAACGAAGGAGGAAGACCGGGACAAAACUCGUAUUUGAGCCCCGGAGGCAUGACCUCAGAGUAUGACGCAAGCUCGUACAGUGCAGACAUGAAAAAAAUAAGGAAGUUAGCGUUAGAGACAAAAGAGUAUCAGAGCAGUGAGUACGGUGCGACAAGUGAGUAUGGGUUACAUCCGUCUGCUUCGAGUAGUGAAGAGAUGCAUAGAGGUUCUUCAAUGAGACGCAAUUCUCAGCUUUAGAGAAACACACACACACACACACUCUUAGUUAUAUAUAUACUCACUUUCAUCUCUCUGUCUAUGCCUUUUAUCUUUUGCUUAAGGCAUUUUGUUCCUUUGUGUUGUUUCAUUCUGCCUCAAAGAAUAGCUAGCAGUUUGAAAAAGUCCACAAUUAUCAUGU